AUGCCAUUCUUUAAACCGAAACUGCCGUUCAUACCUGUCUAUUUGAAUAGCAGCUUAAAAGAAGGACAGGUCAAUGCUAAAAGUCAAUCAGAAAAUGCAACUUCUGAAUAUGAUUUUAUGUGUCACAUUAGAAAUAUUAUUGUUAAACGUGAAUCAGAUUUAGAACCGAUAGAAAAUGCACCGCUAGGUUACUAUCGUAUCCGUAGUAAUCAUCGUAGCAUUUCUUCCCCUGCUACCACUACUACGACCGAUGCUGAACGAAGUAAUGUUUCCCACUAUGUCAAUGGCUAUCAGUUAAAGAAAGAUAUGCAAAUGGAGUUAGAAAAGUAUAAUCCACGUCAGAUGAAAUCCUCAGCCAAUGUUGAUGGUGCAAGUGUUUACGUAGAAUAUAGGAGAUCAUUGAGAGAUGAACGUGUGUGGAAAGAGGUUGAGGAAUUUCGUACACAAUUAAGUGACGUACAACGAGACCAAGCCAAGAGAAAUAUGGACGUGUUUUUUCAGUUUUCGUCAGAUUUAAUAAAUCUUAAAUCCAGAGAAUUUUACAUGAAAUGUUCUUCGGAUGUGUUACAUACGCCAAUGCCAGAAUUCUUACUUAAUAAAGUCUGUCGACGAAUGCCAUUUCUAAAUCACCUGUACAAAACGAUGUUCCUAUCGUUAAUCGGUAUACCUAUUCCACAAAAACUAGCUGAAAAACUUCAGCUGGCACUUAAUUUUUAUGAAAAAUAUUCCUCGCAUAUCAAUCGCGAAAUCGAGUCAGACAGAGUACGUAAGCAUCGGCGUCAAUACAUGGAAUCUAAGGAAGAAUGUGAUAUUGUGAUUGGAAUAAAGUUAGAUUUUAUACCGUCAUUAGUUCGUGAUGCAUUUGAACGUAUUAAACGUAAUCGUCCGGCAGUUUACCGUCAAAUAAAGCAUAUUAAUAUUUAUCUUAUACCGAAAUGGUCAAAGAAGACGUCAGAAAGUGAAGCCGAAUACGAAUUUCGUUUAUCAUUUUCAUUAAUUGAAAGUGAACUGGCAAAUAGGCGUACGAAAAAUGAAAAGAUUCUGAAUGGCAUCGCACGUAGUAUUUACUACAAAUACUUAAAUCGUACUAGGGUUUCGUUUAAUGAUGAAAUAUACUUUAAAUCUUAUUAUAUAAAGACAAUUGUACUUUGGAUGUGUGAACAGAUUAAUUUUGAAAAUGUCUUAAAACGCUUAAAAGAUGACGAAGAAACGAUUGCUAUUGAAUUAACAAAACGCUUUCUUGACUAUACCCUUCAGCUACUGAGCAGUUAUACCUGUCCACAUUAUUUUAUCUCUGGGAUUAAUUUAUUUGAGGAGUAUCCUCCUACAUUCUUAGAUAGAAUUGCUAACAUUUUAAAACAUGAGGUGCGAUUACCAAAAAAACGUGAAGAACCAGCCGAAAGACCAUGCGAAGGAACAUGCUGUGAUGUUUUAAAACUUUUAAUACAAACACCAGAAAUGGUAAACGAGUUCGAUCAGUUGCAAAAUGAACAUUUCGAUUGUCGUAUGGAACAGUUUGUUUCAAACAAAUACGAUCACGGCCUAAAGGUUCUGAUGCUUAUAUUACGGGAAAUUUUUGAAGGACUGCUGGUCUUGAUGCCAGAUGCGGGUACAGCAAAAAAUCGUACUCGUCUCAUGAAAUUUGGUAUUGAGUACAGUGUUAAAUGGUUUACAGAACAAAGUAUCAAUCAUAUGAAAUCAAAUAUUUUUACAGAAAUUAUGUUGGGCGCUCAACCGCCAGAUGAAGAUAGACCGUUGAUUGACAAACUGUUUCAUAGUGGACCAACACUGAAUAUCAAACGUCAUUUGAGUGAAACGUACAAUCUACGUAUAAAUCCAGAUGAACGACAUAUAUUCAGUAAAGAAGAAGUACUAAAUGAUUAUUGGCUUUUACAAGUGCCCGAUAUCAUCAGCUACGUUCUGACAGUGAUUGUAUGUGGCUAUACAAAUGUUCGAUUCAUUCUAGGCGAUGAUGUGAAUGCGUUACAAUCAAGAAAUUUUGUUAGACGCACAAUACUGCCUUUGCUUAGAUCAGUACGAUUACUAUGGAGAAAUAUAUUUUAUCGGCAUGAAGUAUAG